CCAAGAAUAUAUAAUUGCACAUGGACACUUCAACUUAUUUAAUCAAAUUAUACCUGUAUUUUUCCUUUAUUUUCUAAUCUGAUAGUUCAAGAAAGAGAGGCCACAGCCAGCCAGACCAUGCUUCCAUUAAUGGCUGUAUAAAUCUUUGGCUUGUUCCUUGCAUAAACCACUCCACACCCAUACCCCAUCAACGGCCUCUCAUCAACCUGAUCUGGUAGUUACUUAUUAAAGAGUUGCUUUUGGCAGUUUCUUGGUUACUGAAGAUAAGAACAUCGCAAUAUGAUUCUUCAAGGCAGGAUGAUGAGCUGCUUCAAGAGAAAGAAGAAAAGGAUGGUUACAGGCAACAAAGGGGCUGUAGGCAUAGCCAAAAGAUGGAAGCUUCUCAGUGGAACAAACCAAUGGGAAGGUCUGCUUGAUCCACUAGACCUUGAUCUUCGUCGUUACAUAAUUCACUAUGGAGAAAUGGCUCAAGCAGCGUACGACACUUUCAACUCCGAGAAGGCAUCAAAGUAUGCUGGAAGUAGUAGAUAUGCAAAGGAAAACCUCUUCUCUAAGGUUGGGAUAGAGCAGGCCAAUCCGUUCAAGUACCGUGUCACUAAGUACUUUUAUGCGACAUCAUCAACUAAAGUCCCUGAUGCGUUCAUCUUGAAGUCAUGGUCCAGGGAGGCGUGGAGUAGGGAAUCAAACUGGAUCGGGUACGUCGCUGUGGCUACGGAUGAAGGGAAAUCAGCAUUAGGCCGGAGGGACAUUUUGAUCGCGUGGAGAGGGACUAUUAGGACUCUUGAGUGGAUGAAUGAUUUUGAAUUUGCAACAGUUUCUGCACCAGAAAUCUUUGGAGGAAAUGAUGAGCCUAAUGUGCAUCUUGGAUGGUACUCCAUUUACACUUCUGACGAUCCGAGAUCACCAUUCAAUAAGACCAGUGCUAGAAACCAGGUUCUUACUGAGGUGAGAAGACUGGUGGAAGAGUACAAGAAUGAGGAAAUCAGCAUGACUGUAACCGGGCACAGCUUAGGCGCUGCAGUUUCUACACUAAACGCCAUCGACAUUGUCGUCAAUGGAUAUAAUAGGCCAAGAGACAUGCCGGACAAAGCUUGUCCUGUCACGGCCUUCCUCUUUGCCAGCCCUCGUGUUGGAGACUAUAAGUUCCGUAAAUUUUUGUCAACUCUACAGAAUCUUCAUAUUCUGCGUGUAACGAAUGCCAGAGACAUCGUCCCUACAUACCCGUUUGUGAACUAUGCAGAGGUCGGACAAGAGCUACCCAUCGACACGGACAAGUCGAACUACUUAAAAAGUCCUGGGAAUUUGAACAGUUGGCAUAACUUGGAGGCUUAUUUGCAUGGCGUUGCAGGGACGCAAGGAAGCAGAGGGGGGUUCAAAUUGGAAGUUAACAGGGAUAUUGCUCUGGUUAACAAGCAUUUGGAUGGGUUGAAAGAUGAAUAUUGUGUUCCAGUUUCAUGGUGGUGUGAGAAGCAUAAAGGUAUGGUGCAGCAAGAAGAUGGUUCCUGGAAAUUGAUGGAUCAUGAGGAUGAUGAUUUCUGAUCCAAGAAGGCCCUUGCACCAUACGCAACAGAUAGUUCAUUUGUAUGUCAGAGUUGUUUCUUUUCCUGAUAUAGAAACUGCAGUUAAUUUC